AUGGAGCUGGGCAAAAGCAUUAAAGCGAUAAUAAACACGAGAAACCAAGAUGUUCUUCACGGUUCUGUAGCAAAUGGAAUAGAAACAAAGGAAUCUUCAGUUGACCAUCCGCACAAACCAGUUUUGAAAUCAAGUUGUCCACCAAAUGAUUUGAGUUUUGAGAGCGUUGCCCCAAAAACAAGCUGUGGAUUUUUUUCUUAUUUCAAAAACAUUUUAACGACUAAACACAGAAGAAAACUGCAAAAAUUAGAAUCUGCGUACAGAACACUUAUUUCUGUAUUUGUUGCCAAUUUUUUCACAAAAUCAUCACAGAAAGUGAAAUCCGAUGAGAUGUCAAUCAACGAUUUCCAGGGACUGAAAACGAUAGGACAAGGGAGCUUUGGAACUGUGAAAAUUGGCGAAUUGAAAAAGACCAAAGAAAUCUUGGCAAUUAAGAUUCUCAAGAAACAACAAAUUUAUGAACUGAACUUGAUAGAGAACACGGUGAACGAAAAAAAUUUCUUCCGCUCAAUAGAUCAUCCAUUUAUCGUAAGCGCAAAAUACCAUUUCUGGGACAACAUGCAUCUCUACAUUGUGAUGGAUUAUUGUGCUGGUGGUGAACUCUACACAAGGCUACAACUCAAUAAAAAAUUUGACGAAAACACAGUGCGAUUUUACGGAGCUCAAAUUUUUUCAGCUUUGGACUUUCUCCACAAUAUUGGCAUAAUAUAUCGAGAUUUGAAGCCUGAAAAUGUUCUCAUUGAUUCGACAGGCUACCUCAAACUAACUGACUUUGGAAUAUCAAAAAUGUCAGACUGGACCAACACUUUCAUUGGAACGCCUUUGUACACAGCACCAGAAAUGUUUGAUGAAGGUUACAAUUGCUCAAUAGAUUGGUGGGCUUUUGGUCUUUUGCUGUUUGAAAUGAGAAGUGGGUUUGUGCCAUUUGCUGGAGAAUCGGAAGAUGAAGUGUACGACAAGAUUUUAAAUGUUGAAGUAAAUGUACCUGAAAAUUUUAGCCCAAAAUUGGCAGACUUAAUUAAACGUCUGUUAGUGAAAGAUCCAUCAAAUCGAAUAGGAUGUCUGCAAAAUGGAUCUGAUGACAUCAGGAACCAUGCGUGGUUCUCAAAAAUGAACUGGAUGAAAUUAUUGAAGAAGCAGAUUACUCCAGCGUACGUCCCCUCGUUGAAGCACCCCACGGAUACAUCGAACUUUCAAGCAUGCCCAGAAGUGAAUGCUGAGAGGAGCUCUAAAUGUCUCUACUUUGAAGAAUUCAAUGAUUUCUACUGA